GUGACAGUACCAGUCACGGACCAACGGCAGAAACCGAUCCGACAGUCACGGAUGCUCUACGGCAACGGAUUAAAAACGAAAUCUUUGCUGAAACACUUUGCAGACAUAACAUAUAUACUAGACAGCUGCUCUCCGUACGCUUUUUAGCGUUUCUCACGGAGACCGCGGCUCCCGUCCUUUGAGACUAUAAACAAUAACAAUGGCUUCUGGUUCGCCGUCGUCCUCUCCGGACACUGCAACGGGCUCAGGUACGGAUCCAGCCCGGCCCGACACAGGAGAGCCCCUCGGCGGAGCAGGCUCGGAUUCGGAUUCGGACUUGGGUUUGAGUAAAUUUGACUGCAGCGCCAUGGAAGCGGGGGACCGGCUGGAGGGGGAAGAGCUGGAGCGGGAGUUCGAGUCCGCAGCCGACCGCGUAAAAGACUUGAUACAGACGGCCAGCAGGGACCAGCUGCUGUACCUCUAUGCUCGCUACAAACAGGUCAAAGUCGGGAAGUGCAAUACACCUAAACCUGGUUUCUUUGACUUUGAAGGACAAAGAAAGUGGCAAGCCUGGAAGCAGCUUGGAGACAUGGAGCCAGAACAAGCAAUGCAAGAGUACAUUUCCUGCGUCAACAUCUUAGACCCUGAAGGCAGCACAAAGGAAAGACGAGGAGCAGAGAGGAGAACAGGCUUUGGAGGAGCAGCAGUCAGUUCCCUAUACCAAGAAGAGAUGAUCAGGGAAGAGGAUAAGAACAUCUUUGACUACUGCAGAGACAAUAACAUCGAAUACAUCACGAACGCCAUCACCUCCCAGAAUGUGGAUGUCAAUAUAAGGGAUGAAGAGGGCCGGGCUCUUCUGCACUGGGCCUGCGACAGAGGCCAUAAGGAAAUGGUGUCUUUAUUACUACAGCACAAAGCAGAUAUCAACAUUCAGGACGAUGAAGGACAGACAGCAUUACAUUAUGCCUCAGCGUGUGAAUUUGUUGAAAUUGUGGAUCUCUUGCUGAAGUCUGGAGCUGACCCAACUAUCACAGACCAGGAAGGCUGUCUCCCUGAAGAGGUCACUGAAUCCCGUACGAUCUCCCUUCUCCUGCGUGGGUACACUACUUCGAAAGGCUAAAUCAUCCUUGCAUCCCACCACUCAGUCAUUUCCCAUCUCCUACUCUCGUCCCUGCUCCACUCUUUUGCCCAGCCUUCCCACUGUCUGUUCUUCAUCCCUGCAGAGACUUUUUUGUUUUGUUUUUUCUCAGCCCCAACAGUCUGUAAGCCAGGACUGCUUUUUUUUUUUUUCUUUUUUCUUUUUUUUUUGUUCCUACCUCCACAAAUUCUUGAGGUGACUUUGAUUUCAUUGGUUUAGCUCUUCUGAGCUACAGUUGUGAACAUUUGUGAACAUUAGUCAUUCCAUUUGAUAAUACACCAGGGCACCGCAUGUAUUUUCAUUCUUCUAUAAACUAUAUUGACUAUCUGCACAGUAGGGUUGGGUGAUAUCACAAUUACUGUAAGACAGAAUUUGUGAACUGGCUGGGAUGUUGCUGUACUUAUGUAGCUAUACCUUGUUGGAUAAGACUUUUGCUGGCAGUAGUGCCAUUAAAUAAGCUAUUGGCAAUAUAUAAAUGACAGAAUGUGUGCAUUAGUAUGUUGAAGCAUCUGUAUUUAUCAGGCACUCGAUCACCAGUUGAAGCAAAAACAGACAUUCCCGUUCAUAUAUAUAUAU